UUUAUUUUUCAGUUUCAUUUUUAUUUGAAUUUGUGGGAGAGAAAAAAACCAAGCACCUUCUCACUACGGCCGCAGCCCAGUGCGACCCAAGCGCUUGGAUUGAUGAAUGGCGCAGCUCAGGCGCUAUCAAAAACCAAGCACCUUCUCACCACGACCGCAGCCCAGUGCAAGUCACUGUUGGGAAACUACGCAGCCACACGCUCCCUUACGAAGACCAAACAACUCCAUGCCCACACCAUCACCUCGGGCCUACUCUCCUCAAACUCCAGCGAUCUUCGCUCAAACCUUGCCACAACGUAUGCACUAUGUGGGUACGUUCCACAUGCACAGAAACUGUUCGAUGAAGUGACUGACCGAAGCUUAUUUUUGUAUAACAUUGUGAUAAGAAUGUACGUACAAAAUGGUAUACCCUAUGACGCACUAAACGUGUUUGUUGAAAUGCUCUCUUGGGGGCAGUGCCUGCCCGAUCACUUUACGUACCCAUUUGUUGUUAAGGCUUGCGGUGACUUGUCGUUGCUCAAUGUGGGUGUUGUAGUUCACGGGCGAACACUGGUGUCUGGGUUUGACUUGGACACGUUUGUGCAGAAUUCUUUGUUGGCAAUGUAUAUGAAUUGUGGGGAGAAGGAGGCGGCGAGACUGGUUUUUGAUACAAUGUGGGAGCGAACUGUUGUGUCUUGGAAUACUAUGAUUAAUGGCUAUUUUCGAAAUGGGUGUGCAAAGGAAGCUAUGAUGUUUUUUAAUUGGAUGAUGGAUGUGGGCGUGGAGCCUGAUUGUGCUACCAUGGUUUCAGUGUUGCCAGCUUGUGGUUACUUUAAGGAUUUGGUUUUGGGAAGAAGGGUUCAUGCAUUAAUGGAAGAGAAGGGUUUGGGGAAGAAGAUAGUAGUGAGGAAUGCGUUGGUGGAUAUGUAUGCAAAGUGUGGUUGUAUGUACGAAGCAAGGUUAGUUGUUGAUAAGAUGGGUGAGAGGGAUGUGGUUACGUGGACAACCAUGAUCAAUGGGUACAUUUUGAAUGGUGAUGCAAGAAGUGCUUUGGCGCUCUGUUGGCCGAUGCAAUUUGAUGGGGUAAGACCCAAUUCAGUUAGUAUUGCUUCCCUUCUUGCAGCCUGUGGCAGUUUGUACUCUUUUGAGUAUGGUAGGUGUUUGCAUGGGUGGGCAAUAAGGCAAAAAAUUGAGUCCGAUGUUAUUGUGGAGACUGCAUUGAUUGACAUGUAUGCAAAAUGCAAAAAAGUUUACCUCAGUUUUCGAGUGUUUGCUAAAACUACCAAAAAACGAGUAGUCCCUUGGAAUGCUGUUCUGUCUGGAUGUGUUCGGAAUGGGCUUGCUAGAAAAGCAAUAGAAUUUUUUAGACAAAUGCUAAUGGAAGCAGUACAACCCAAUGAUGCAACCUUGAAUAGUCUGCUUCCUGCAUAUGCUCUUCUUGCUGAUUUACAGCAAGCAACAAAUAUACACUGUUAUCUGGUAAGAUCUGGGUUCGUUUCAAGCAUCGAAGUUGCUACUGGUUUGAUCGACAUAUACUCAAAAUGUGGAAGCUUAGAAUCUGCUCACAAAAUUUUUAGUGAAGUUCCUGAAAAAGGAAAGGACAUUAUCCUAUGGAGCGUAAUAAUAGCUUGUUAUGGCGUUCAUGGUUAUGGUGAGAUUGCCGUUUCACUUUUCUAUCAGAUGGUUCAAUCUGGGGUGAAACCAAAUGAAGUCACUUUCACUUCUGUUUUGCAUGCAUGCAGCCAUGCAGGUUUGGUGGAUAAGGGUCUGAAUUUGUUCAAGUUCAUGCUUGAAAAUCACCAAAUGAAUCCUAGUCCUGAUCACUACACUUGCAUUGUUGAUCUUCUUGGUCGUGCUGGUCGACUGGCCGAAGCUUAUGAUCGAAUUAGGACAAUGCCAUUCAAGCCUAACCAUGCUGUUUGGGGUGCACUGCUUGGUGCUUGUGUGAAACAUGAGAAUGUUGAACUAGGAGAAGUUGCUGCAAAGUGGCUUUUUGAGCUUGAGCCAGAAAACACAGGAAAUUAUGUAUUGAUGGCGAAACUUUAUGCUGCAGUGGGAAGGUGGAAGGAUGCCGAGAAUGUGAGACAUAUGAUGAAUGAAAUAGGAUUGAGAAAAACUCCUGCUCACAGUUUGGUCGAGGUCAGAAGUGUGUUAACUGGGUAAAGAUUCUACACUUCAAGUGGAAAAUAUCUCGGUUUUGACAUGCCCAAUUGAAGAGUGCUCGAUUAUGGUGAAUGAUUGCUACUGCUAGUUGAAAGACUUGGUUUGAUUGAGCAGAGAGGACUCUCUUUAAAGAGAGUAGGCAAUGCCUUCAUAUAUGUCUAUAAUAUUAGAUUGUGAAAGCGACCUAUCAAAUUUAACCUGUGGUGCCAUUGUUUCAUUUAUGAUGGGGCUUGCGGGUGGAUUUUGGAAUAUUUAUUGACUGAAGAGGCAAGUUCUUGGUCAAACAGAAGGUGCAACUGGCAUCAUUAUGAAUGGACUGGUUUUCCCCUCCUUUCAUAAAUAUUCUACCUGUCCGUGGACAAAUGGGAAUUUCUUAAGUCGAAGCAUGGUAAUUGAUCUGGAUUGUAUGGAUACAAAGGUAUACAUUUGUAUCUUUCAUGUUAGCCAUAUAAGAACGUGCUGGAGCCUGGAGGAGCAGUUAUAUGUGUUAUACAUACUCUUUUAAUGGGAUUUAACUGUCCAUUAUCUCUCUUGACAGAUAACUCUCUUCAUUAGAUACAGGUCCACCCGAUAUCUCUUUGUAAUGGGGUCUGAGUUGUCUGAUACACGUUAAUACCAUCAAUUAAUGAAUUAGUCUUCUGAGUCA